AGUCGCGCAGACCGGUUUGUGGCGUGUGCUUCUCUCCUGAUCGCUUCAGUCGGGUCUAAGAUCUAGCUACCAGCAGACUGUAAAACUGACGACGUCCUAAAACGCUUCGCGACGCGACCGACCACGAGUGACGUCGCCGUUUUGUUAUAUUUGCGUUAAGAAGAAUUCAACACAGACUAACUGUGUGAAAGAACAACAGCUCCCAGCCCAACAGUAGCAGUCAGUGGCGUUGUUCUCCGCAAUCAAGUUUUCAAUGUGUGUCGUGCUUCAAUGAAAAAGUUCGCGUGAACCGUACCGAAUCGUGAGCUCUCUGACGAGACUGGUGAAGCACAACACCAGUUCUCGAUCGUUUGGGAAUUUCCGAUUGAUCGUGGAGACAGUCAGUCGCUUCCCAGCAAAGCUCCUGCCUGGCGUCAGUGUGUCGUCGUAUCGUUCGUGUGGUCAGUCUUUCUGAUCAGUCAGUGCACAGCAAUAUUUUUGUACAACCAUGGUGCGUUGGAUAUUGGUUGGAGUGCUCACGAUCGUCCUGACCGUGGUGACCUUCGGUGCUCCACAGCAUCCCAACUCUCAACAGAACCAGCGCCCUACUGUCGGAUCUCAAAGUAGCAAACCACCGGUCUACAGAAACGAUACUCAGAACGGAACUAGCGAGUUGUUCGCCUACCCGGAACAGCAGUCCUCCAUUGAGUCCAAUCAGAACGCCAAGAAUCGAACCCCGGUGUACAUCCCGAACCGGUGCCAGAAGAACGAAAUUCUCUAUCCGGGCGAUCAGGAAAGCGAUUGGGUGUGCGACUGCAAACCAACUUUCGUGUAUCAUCCACCAUCCCGUCAGUGCUACCAACUGUUCACCCAGGCCUUCUGCGCAGAGGGACACAUGGUGACCCUGCCAAACCCGGACAGCAAACAGCCGGAAUGCGUUUUUAACAAAUGCGCCAAACCAAACGUCACCAUGGUGCCCUUCAAUGACGAAUGCGUUGAGCUAAAUGCAUACUAUGACAAGUGUUCGAUCGACAAGCUUCGACUGAUCGUUGCCGUACGGGAAAGUAAUAACACGCUGGGAUGCAUCAAUAUUUCCGCCGUUGCUGAUCAUAAAAUAGAAGGCAGCCAAAUUGACAGAGAGAAAUCUAGUAAAUCGAACGCCGCGGAAGGGGAACGCAAACGUAGACAGUAGGAUAAACGACGGAUGCGAUUGAUGGAUUGAAAUAUAUUUGAUUUUUAAGCAA